UCUGCCAAGAUGGCGGGUUCAGACUACAGGUAUUCAGACGACUUCAAAGUAACAGAUUCUGUGAAGGCGAACUUCGACAAGCACGGGUACAUCAUACUCAGGUCAGUGCUGGACAGUGAUGAAAUUCAGAAACUGAGACGUCUGCUAGAGGCAGACAGAGGGCUGCAUACGUACAAUUACGGACGGGACGAUGGGGAGGGGGGCCGCACCAAACUCGCGCUGUGGCACAAGCUUGGGAACGACAUCACCGGUGUCGUGACCAGGGUAGAGAAAGUGGCGGGAACGAUGGAGAAGCUUCUUGGCGGAAAAGUAUACCACUAUCACUCCAAAGUGGUUAUGAAGGAGGCCCGUACCGGAGGGGCGCACAUCUGGCACCAGGACUACGGUUACUGGUACGUGAACGGUUUCAUGUUCCCCGACAUGGGCACCGUGCUGAUAGCUGUGGACAAGGCGGACAAACAAAAUGGCUGUCUAAAGAUCCUGCCAGGGUCACACAGAGCCGGCCGUAUCGACCAUGUCCGUAUUGGCGACCAGGCCGGCGCCGAUAGGGAGAGAGUGGCCCAGCUGGAGAAAUCACUUGGUCUGAAGUACGUCGAGCUCGAACCCGGUGACGCCAUCUUCUUUCACUGCAACCUUCUGCACCGGAGUGACCAGAACCGCAGCGAUCGCCGCAGAUGGGCGUUCUUGAUUGCCUACAACCGUGCCGACAACCUGCCCGUGUGUGAACAGUACACUCCAGAGGACACCACUCUUGAAAAGUUGCCGAACACCGCAAUCCUGGAGUGUCCGUCUGUGAUGGACUCAGCCGGCAGGGACUUCUUCAAGCUGGAGAACGACUUCGCUGUUAGAGUACUGGACAAGGACGUUAAGCCUUAG